CCAUGUUAAGCACUUGGCAGGUAUGCCGCAAAGAGUUCUGUAAACAAUAUGAAAAGACAAAGUUGUGAAGAGUGAAAGGGGAGAACUUUGUUGUCCUUCGGGGCAAUCAACACUAAAUCUGGGGCAAUUAGCCAGCAAUAACGAUCGAAAUUAAUCUAGUCCUUUUACUUCAUUACUGGAAAAUUGAAUAUACUGGAGCGGAAGUUGAGUAACUGGAGAAAUUGAGGCCCCGCUUCACCCUAGAAGCUUUAUAAUUGGACGCUACCAUGGUAUGCAAAGUGAGCAUGAUUUGAAAUCAUGACAGAUCGCUGGACUUCUCAAUUUAACGGGGAAAAACUUUAUUACAACGUCUUUCAGAGGGCCAUUGCUGCUGGAAUAUAAUUUGAACUCGUGGGUUUGGCAACUCACUUGAAAGACAAUGGAACUCAACGAAGAGUUCUUUAGAAACCCGCUUGUUGUGUGGGCCCAAGAUACCUUUCAUGAUGGGAAGCCAUUUACUUCAGCUAAUGAAAUUGUCAGCUCUGAAUUUCUAGCAGAGGUUUUAAAGGAAAUAGACCUGUCAACAUUCAACUUGUUGCCUAUACAAGAGAAUCCACAGGAUUUGAAUAUAAAAGUGCAAAACUUACUGGAAGUUAUUCGCAAUGUUAAAAGGUUUUAUCAGGAGAAGCUGCAAAUAUUGUUGUUGAUGAAGAUGCCUGAUAUUCUUGCCAUUGCGAAGGAGCCCAACCACGGUAGCAGUUUGGAAGAAAUAAAAAAGUUUCUACUUUUGAUUCUUGGGUGCGCUGUCCAGUGUGACAAAAAGGAGUAUUUCAUCGAAAAAAUAACUAAAAUGGACUUUGAAGUUCAGACGCAGCUCGUUCCUUAUAUUCGAGAGAUUACGGACAACAGUGACAAUGCAUUUUCAUACAGAAUAAACGAAGUCUCAGAACUAUCACAAGACCAAUUGGUAACCGUAACGGAAGCAAUGUACUUCCAAUUUCAAAAAAUUCUUGAAGAAAGAGAUGAAUAUUUUGAGGCUGUUCUCGACAUGAACUUGGAAAGGCACGAAAUGGUUGCAAAGGAGGCAGAACUUGAUCUUGUGAAGUCUCCGCCAAUGAGUCCUUCAAGAUCAGGGUCGAUCAAAACAUCCGUUGUUCUUAAAGCUAAUAAGCAGAAAAUACGAGAUCUACAGAAUGAGCUAGAAGAAAGGAAUAUGCAAGUUAAUGAAUUUAAAGAAGAAAUUGCCAGUUUGAAGGCAUCUCUUGAAAAUAUUCGGCAAGAGAAUAAAUCGCUUCUUAGCGAAGCAAGAUGGGUUAAAACAUACAGAGACGAAAUGGAUGUACUGAAAAGUCAAGUUGAUAAAGUCAACAAACUAGAAAUUGAGAAUUCCAAAUACAGAGAAAAGCUGAGAGAAUUGGAUUUUUACAAGAAAAGGUUUGAUGAGCUAAAGGAGCAGCACGAGUUGUUGUAUGAGACAAAAUUAGUUCUUGAAGAACAAGUUGCUGGAUCUUCAACGAAGAUCGAGCGUGUUGGACAUCUUGAGGAAGAAAAUGACAGGCUACAUGCACAACUGAAGAUCAUAAUGGAAGAGCGAGAAUUAAAUCAAGUUAAAGCAAAGGAGCUUAUGGAUGAGAACGCCAAGUUGCAAAUGGAAAAGCAAGAAAGCAUGUUUGAAGUUGUUCAAUUGAACCAAAUAAUUAAUGGAAUGAAAGACAGAUCUCCGGAUGGUACUGCAGUUCCACUUUCGAUGGAAUACAAAGAAAGCUCGUCGACGGAACUUCUUCGGCUUGAGAAAGAAAACAAGCAUUUGAUGAAGUUGGUGGAGUCGUUGCGUGAUGGAAAUCCCAAAGUUCGGGAGCUCGAGAGAGAAAUGGAAAAGCUAGAGGACAGUUUGCAUGACGAAAAGGCACAAGUUGCCCGGUUGCUAGAGGAACUUUCGAAUGGAGAAAGUAUUCUGAUGGAACUUGCCUUUGAACGAAGCAAAGCUGGUGAGUUAGCUGGAGUUGCCGAAACCCACGUGAACCAAAUUCAAAGGCUCAAAUCGAGGCUGAGCCAGAGGUCCAUGAAAGUCGAUGACCUAAAUGCUGCGUUGGCGAAGAAGGGUUCUGCGGCUUCAAAGCGACCACCGAGUAAAGAUUCUGACGAAUGGAACAAUAACUUGGUAGAUGAAAUGGAAGAUGACGAUAUUCUAUCUAGCAAGCAUUUCAUGGAAUUAAAAAAUGAUAUCGAAGAGAAGCAAUCCUUGAUCACAGUUCUGGAAAAGAAGUUGCAAGAAGCAGAGCAAAAAAGUAAGAAGAUUGACGCCCAGAUCACACAGAAGAAGGAAGAGUUUGUUACUCUGGAGGCAAGGGCUAAAGAUAACGAGACGUACUGUGCCAAGGUAGAACAGCAGCUAGCUGAAAGAGAAAAAGUUAUUGCGAAUUUGGAAAGAAGGUGUGAAAGUGCAAGUACAGAGAAUAAAUCAUUAAGUCAAAUCAAGCGACUUAAUGAAGACAAAAUAGCUGCUCUUGAAGAAAGGGUUUCUCAUCUUAUGGACUCAGCAAGCCAAGACACACGAAAGGUCAACCAGACUAUAGACGAGAAGUUGCGCCAAAUCAGGGAACUUCAUAUCCAGGUUGAGAAUCUACAAGAGGCGUCUCAUGAUAACGAAAAGCUUAAAGCUGUGAUGAAACAAAGAGAUGAGAAAAUAAGUUCUCUGAUAUCGUCAAAUAAAAUUCUUGAAGCCCAGAUUCACGAGCUUGAAUUACAAUGCGAAAAAUCAGCUGGCACUUGCAAAAAGUUAGACCAUACUCUGAAGCUGAAGAACGAACGAAUAAAUGCCCUUGAAGCAAGUUUAAACGAAUCUGCAAAGGCGUCUGCAAAACUCAUGGAAGACAAAGUUGUUUCUUUAAAAAAGGCGCUUGAAUCAAGAAAUGAAGAAGUUGCAGACCUGGAAACAAGAGUUGAUGAAAUGGCCUCAUUGAACAACAAGUUAAAAAGCAGCAAUCGGGCGAAGGACGACAGAAUCCAGUCAUUAGAGGAAGAGAUAGCGAAACUAGAAGAAAGAUCAAGUCACUCUAAUGGAGAGAAGAUAGAAGUUUUAAUGAAAAGAUUGCAGAAGAAGGCGGAUGAAAUAAUCCAUUUAGAGAAUAAUCUGGAAGAUGUAACAACUGCGAUGAAAAAGCAGGAAAGGAGUGUCGAGAUAAAGGACGAGAAAAUCCGAAAGCUAGAAAAGGAGCUUCAAAAGUACGAAGAUUCGUCGCAAAGUGCCGAGAAACUUUCUGCAGCACUAGAAGAGAAAAAUAACAAGAUUUAUGAUUUACAAGCUCAAAUCGACGAUAUAAAUGCAGAAGUAAAGCGGCUUGAAAUGACUUCAAAACAAAAGGAAGAGAGAUAUGUCACUUUGGAGAAGAGUCUCCUUGAACUCGAGGAUUCUAAAGCUGACCAAGGGAAGAUGAGUCGGAUUAUGAAAGCUAAAGAAACAAAAAUCUUAUCACAGCAAUCAAUCAUUGACGAGCAGGAAAGCCGCGUUGUUCAACUAGAAAGCCUACUUGAUGAGAGGGAAGCACAAAUCAAAAGGAUAAACAACUCUUUGAAGACCAAAGAAGAACAAAUGAAGCAGAGUGAGCAGAGAUUGAGUGAUUGUAACGAUCUCCAGAGUCAAAACAGCAAAUUAAAGAAUAUUGUUGAGCAGAAAGAAGAGAAGAUUUUGCUAUUAAUGGACAAGGUUGACGGUAUGGAUGAGCUUCAGAGAAUCAGUGACAGAAUGAAGGAAAACCUUAAACAAAAGGAGGACAAAAUCGUCAAUUUGCAAGAACGAAUCGUCGACCUGGAAGAUGUUGUGAACAUCAAUGAGAGGCUAAAUCAACAGGUGCACCAAAAAGAUGAAAGGAUAGCUGUUCUUCAAGCAAAAGUACAUGAUAGCGAAGAUUCGCUCCACAGAGCUGAGCAAUUAAGAGCUUCACUUGAAAAAAACGCAAAUGAUGAAAUACAAGAUUUGAGGAGACAGGUGGAUGAAUUGAUGGAUGUCAAAGUGAAGCGACAGCAGAGUAUUAGAAGACGAGAAGAAAAGAUAAUGACACUCGAAUCAAGGCUUGAGGAUGUUUCAUCCGAUACAAAGCAUAAAGAGUCCAAGAUUCACGAUCUUCAGUCGAGGCUUGAGGGCACCAUGUCACAGUUCAGAAAACUUGAUCUCAGCAACGAAGAGAAGGAUGAAAAAAUAAGAGACUUAGAGUCAAGGGUAUCUGAAUUGCAACAGACGUACAAGGAAAACCGAAAUUUGGCUUCGUUAGUGGAACAAUCAGCGGAAAAAAUGAAGGAGCUCUCCAAGAGAUCAGAAGAUGCGGAAACAGCUGUGGCUCGAGUGAAAGAAGGGAACAGAGAACUUGAGACGCAACUGGCUGGUCUUCAGCAAAGACUCGAAGAUACGCUUAAUCUGAAUACCAAGCUUGAUCACCACAUCAAGUCAAAAGAAGAAAAACUCAGAGAUUUGGAGAAUCUAUUACAAACUGAAGAAGACAAAAAUGAGGAGUUAAAUGAUAGUUUCGUCGCCAAAGAACGAUUGCUGACCAGGCAGAAAACAAAGAUUGAAGAGUUAGAGAACGCGAUUACGGCGAGGGAAAAGGAUGUCAGCGACCUGGAGCAAAUGAUAUCACAGCUGAGUAUGAACGAUGAAAACAACGGCAAAUCCUCGGCUGCUGUCAUGGAAAAAGAAAUCGUAAUCAGCAAUUUGCAGAAUCAGAUCCGAACACUUGAAUCAUCUGCAGCGAAGCAAGAAUCCCUUUUACUGCAAUCAAGCAAGGACACAGAAAGCAGAUUCGAUGACUACCAGAAAAGAAUGAACGACGUAUCUGCUGAGAAGCACAAAAUGAAGUUGAUGUUACAAGAAAAAGAUGGCGUGAUUUCCGAUUUGCAAAGGAGAGUUGAAGAGCUUCAGCUUUCGAGAACCGACCACGACAAGUUGAAUCAUAUCCUGAAUGAAAAGAACAGCCAAUUGUCGUAUUUACGAGAAACUCUCGAGCAUUACGAGAAAGACAUUGCGCACAUGGAAACAAGAAUCGAGGGCUCAAAUUCUGACUUGAAUAGAGCUAAAGGAUCGAUAAAGCAAAAAGUUGGGCGAAUUACGUCACUUAAAUCUCAGCUCGAGGAGGCAGUUAGUAAGAACCAUAACUUGGCAAGUGAUCUUGGACUCAAGAAAGAGAAAAUUGCAAGUCUCGAGAGAAGCCUUGCAGAAUACAGAAAGAAAGAACAGCUCUUAACAGAGGAACUCUCAGCACUGGCUGCAGAAUUGGAAGAAAUCAAACAUAAAGGAGAUUCUGGAGUUGUCAAUGUCACUGAAAAAGUUCAGCUAACAAAAAGAGCAAGGACAGAACUUUACAUCAAACGUGCUCCCACAGCCCAUCAAAUAUAUCAAUUCGAGACACAUUCCUCAAAACAAGGACUUGUGUCGGAGCCAGAGGUUCAUGCUUUAGAAGAACAAAUUGAUUUACUUCAAAAAGAGAAAAGGCACAUGAUGCGACAGAGCGAGGAGAUAUCUGCCAAGAACGCUGCUUUACAAACCCAAAACGAGACACUGAGAAGCGAGCUUGAUUUGCUCAACUCUGAUUACGAGGUUCUGCAGAAGGAUAUGGAAGAUGCGAAGGAGCACUAUAAAGACUUAGAUAUGUCUGCAUCUAAGAUUGCACAUCGUUGUGAAGUUCUUGUGCAACUGAAUAGUACACUCGAAGAGGAGAACCGCGCUUUGAUGGACCAGGUCAAUAAGCUAUUGGCGCAGAACCAGUCACUGCUUGAAAAGACACUUGAAAGUAGAGACACGUAUUUGGAGGACGAGAGAGCCUUUUCCGAUCGACUGUACAUGUUGGAGAGGGACAGAGAGAAACUAGUUGAUAAGUUGGAAAAUGCAAAUCGAACUCUAUAUGACAUGGCAAAUUCAUCAAAAAAGAGGAAUCUCUUUGUUCGUGGAGCACACAAAGUUUUGAAAAAAGCAGGUCUCAGGAAAGGGCAAAGGAAGGAUGAUGUCGUUCUGAAGAAGCUACAUCGAUCUCCAGACGGCGUUGAUUUCUUCUCGGAUCACUCAGACUCGAGUUUUAGCAGUCCUUCUCACGAGUUAGAGUCAAGGAGUCAAGUCCUUGAUGAAAGCAGUUUGCAUUCCUCGUCUGUGACUUACAACUCCUCAUUCGGACCGAUACGAUCAGCUUUAUCACGCAGUAAAGAAGAUCUCCUUGGAAGGGAUGAGCCAUUUUCUAGAGAUGGUGUCAUUUUGAGAAGACCGAAAAGUUUUGCUGUCGACAGUCCAUCCUCAGGCAGCGAUAAUGGCGAACGCCAUAUGCGACCAAGAUCAGAGUACAUUGCACCUUUUGCCGAGUACCACGUCUCCGUACACAGAAAUCUGCACAGGCCACAAAGCAUGGAAGCGAUCUCAAACCUACAAAGAUUGGAUGGCCUACAGAGAUCAGAUGGCCCUCCAAGAUCGGAUGGCCUUUCAAGAUCGGACGUUUCAAGAACCUCUUCUGUUGGGACCCAUGAUGGCGAGAAUCCAAGCAUUUCCAUCAGUACUCGAAAAAGCAGUGUUAACAGCAAUAGAUCGACAGGAAGCAAUCCCUCCACAACAAGUGGCCAAAACGAGGUUGCAUUUGGAGUGAUAGGCAAUCGAGGUGACCGAGUACGCAACAGUCCAGUGCAAAGAGUGCGAGUAAUGCGCAAAGUUGUGGCUGGCGGUAGCCCUAACUCGAAUGUGAGAAGUAACACCGAAAAAGAGGUCGACGAUACAGAUAUUGUCUUGUAUUCGGAAGCAUCACAAGUGCAGCCAAGAAAAAUUUCAUUUCAAACUGAGUUGGCAAAAGAAGUACAUGGGACUCAUAGUACGCCUAUUGCAGAAGCCGAUGAACGAAGAGUAGACGCCAAUGGCUUGCGUAACUCGCCUCUGGUGACACGAUCUAGUAUCUUUUAUCAGCCGACGGACCCUAGUCGACCCGACGACCUACCUGAAGCCGAUCAAAGAACCCCGAGAAAGAAUUCAGAACAUCUGUUUCAGGAAGAGGCUGCUGUUGCGAGUAGUCCGGUAGGAGGUCAGGCACCGAGUUACGAGGAAGCAACACGUAGGCAGAGGGUCAUCAGAAGCCAGGAGGUGGUUCUGACACCAAAAAGAGACAGCCCCGCACCAAACAGGGUCAAAGAAGAGACGCCAUCGAAAAACGACAAAGUAAGAGGUAAGGAUGAAACAGAGAAGAAAAAGUCAGCCGUUUGGUACGAAUAUGGUCGAGUAUAAUAGUGAACGAGUUGAUUAGUAAGAUUUUUAUUGUUUUACCGUUGCUUUCGUUUUUAUAGGUUAAGUGUCUGACCAUAGGAUCCACCUAUUCACCUAUUCUUUAAGCUCCCUUGAAAACAUCCCGUUUAAAAGGCUGUUUGUCUCUAUAACGACCUUAUCUUUAGAGCGCUGCAACCAUUUUCGAUUGGAGAUAGCGCUAUGAGGCUCCUACAGACAUAUCCCGCUUUAUUUUGCAUUCGUUUAUUCUACAUCAAAUGAUAAGCUUUCCCAUGAUAUCUAGAUUGCAAAACACAACAGCCAGUUUAUGUAUAAGUUAAGAUUAAAGAUGCUGUUGCCAAGGACUUCAUGUCUCUGCGUUUUGGUAUUAAGUGUAUUUGAUGUAUGUUUUUAUCUAUAUGUUGAGGUCGUAAGUUAAAGGUAAUAUUUAACUUUUUAAAAUGAUGCUUUGUUCACACUAAAAAGAUUUAAGUUAUUUGUUUUAAUUUGUUUCGUAGGUAUUUCUCUAUUUAGCUGUAGUCACGAGAUUCGCUGAACUGUAUAGGAUUGAUAACUCUAAGAAACUUUCUGUCGGCCAUUCUCGCGAGAAAGUAAGCUGGGACUCCCUCUGUACUGAUCUACCGAAGGAGCGCCUUGGCAAAUAUGUCCAAGGGGGAUUGGUGUAUCUGCGAGGCAAUACUAAAAGUUUUACGCAUUACCCGUUAGAGAAUGGAAGCGAGAACUAUUUAGUUGAGUAAAAUACUAGAAUUUUCGUUGACAUUUUGUUAAAACGUUUUUAUGUCACAUAUCAGGUUUUACAAGAAGAGUAAAGUAUCAUGUUGUAGAUAUCAAAUCGAGAUAGAUCAUCAAAUUUACUAAAAAGCUUUGUAAUUAAGUAUUUAAUAGUUUCGUAACAAGUGCCUGCAUAAUAUGAU